UCCGUCAAACAAACGGGGUUGGGCAAUCGAAGUUCGGAAUAAUUCACGGAUACGUUGCCAUCGUAUAGUAGUAUAUGCUAAAUAAAAUAUAUUGGUCUACAGUAGUCUAUAAAAGUCUCAGCUUUACAGCAAGGCGAUAUUUUUACAAACACAUUUAUGUGGUUACAUUUACAACUUCACUUAAAAAGCCAUUGUGUACAAAUAGUUCGAAAUAAAUUCGUUGACGAUCUCUUUUGGGACUUGGGAAACCGACGAUGAUUUUUGCGAAUUCUGGCAAUCCUUUGAGGACACCGUAUCGUAAGCAGCCACCUGUUGUCCCCGCCUCGCACCCCAUGGCUCCGCCCAGCCCCAGCACCAACAGCAGCACCAACAACAGCAGCAGCUCCAGCACCGCAGGCUGGGAGCAGCUCAGUAAAACCAACCUGUACAUCCGAGGCCUUUCCCCAGCCACCACUGACCAUGAUCUGGUCAAGCUCUGCCAGCCGUAUGGCAAAAUUGUGUCAACGAAGGCAAUCCUGGACAAGACAACAAACAAAUGUAAAGGUUACGGCUUUGUGGACUUUGACAGCCCUGCUGCAGCUCAGAAAGCUGUCACUGCCUUGAAGAACAGCGGGGUCCAAGCCCAGAUGGCUAAGGUGAGGCAACAAGAACAAGACCCAACAAACCUGUAUAUCUCCAACCUGCCGCUGUCUAUGGACGAGCAGGAGCUGGAGGCCUUGCUCAAGCCCUUUGGCCAGGUCAUCUCUACCCGGAUACUGAGGGACUCUAAUGGAGCCAGCAGAGGAGUGGGCUUUGCAAGGAUGGAGUCGACAGAGAAAUGUGAUGCUGUUAUCUCUCACUUCAACGGGAAGUUUAUUAAGACACUACCUGGCGUUCCUGCGCCCCCAGAGCCCUUGCUGUGUAAGUUUGCUGACGGCGGGCAGAAAAAGAGGCAAAGCCAGAAUAAAUUUGUGCAGAACGGCCGUGCGUGGGCUAGAGACGGCGAUGCCAGACUGGCUGGAAUGACCCUCACAUACGAUCCCACCACAGCAGCUAUGCAAAAUGGUUUGAUGUCUCUCUACAGAUUUUAUGCGCCGCCAUACAGCAUCGGAAACCGGAUGAUCGCUCAGACGUCCAUGUCUCCGUACAUCUCGCCUGUCUCCACAUACCAGGUACCGAAUCCCUCGUGGGUGGCUCACCAACCCUACAUCUUGCAGCACCCGGGAGCGGUGAUAUCGCCCUCUAUGGACCAUACUAUGUCACUACAGUCUGCAUCCAUGAUGAGCCCCCUCACCCAGCAGAUGAGCCAUCUCUCCAUGGGCAGCACGGGAGCGUACAUGACUGCAAACUCUAUGCAAGGAGCCUAUAUUCCCCAGUACACACACAUGCAGACGGCAAAUGUGCCAGUAGAGUCUACAUUUUCCUUCCAGGACAACAGUCAGCAACAACAGGUGGAGUCAUCCGAUCAUUCCCCCUACACCUACCAACAAACCAAGUAAUUCUGAGGUGUGAUAGAAGCCGAGAAGACAGCAGAAAACAAUCAUGGCUUCCUCUGAUGAUGGAUCGUGCGUUAAGGAUUUAUCACCAUUUUGCACAGGUUCUGCAACGAUUUCCUUUUGUUUUGUGAAAAAAGUGAGACUAUUUUGGUAUAACCUCACGUUCCGUGGGGUGCAAAUAAGUGAUUAAUUUCAUCAAAGGAUAUUAAUUCUGAAGAUAAAAAAGAAGAAAAAAUAGUUUUAUUUUAAUAAAGAACGUUUAUUUUUUACCACAGAAUGUCACAUGGAUGCAAGAACCUCUAAAGAAUCAUGUGACUUGUUGUUUAAGGUGCAUGAUAGUGAAGAUGUAUUUUGUUAAUAUUUUCUAUGAUUUUCAUUUUGUUUUUCUCUUAUUUUGUACUGAAAUAGAUUUUUUCUGAAGAUUUAUUAGCCAGACAUUUUGAAAAUGAUGUUUUGUGCUUGCUGUGUGAGUGUUGCUAUGGUGUUCAAUGUUUCUUCUUGUAAAGUGAUUUAUCUUAGUAGUCUAGACUGAUCUUUCUGUCUCAUACAAUUUGCCUUAAAAGUUUCUAUACAGUAGCUGUAUAGGCAACCUCCGAGGCUAGAAAUCUACGAGAAAUGUUGAGAGCUAUUGCCUUGUAAAUCAGCUAAUAGGGCUUUUCCUUUGGAUAUUGCUAAUUAAGUCUGCUGUGUUUAGGUGUUUUGCAUUUCCCCUCUGAAAUCAAAUCUAAAGUAGAAGACUUUGAAAAAGAAAUUGUGAAAUGACCCUCUGAAUCUGAUUAUGAUUUUUUAAUAGGAUGUAAUGUUUGUAUAAUCAGAGGGACAUACAUGUCUCUGGUUGUUGGAAUGUGGUAGAAUUUCUGCUGAAUUAUCACAUUUUGAAUCUUGCCUUUUUUAUUACUUGGUGUUGUAGAUUAGACUAAAAUAUACUUCUUCGGAUUGGGUGGGGUGGGGAUAGAAAAAGGGAGGGUGUGGAUGUGUCUUUUGGAGGGUUUUUGUUCUCUGUCAGAUUGGCAGGAUGUUUUUUUUCCCACUUCAGUUAAAAUGCAAACAGGCAAACUUGGUUUUAAGAUUGUGCAUCAAAGCCUUCCAGUACAACUUGGGCAAACGUUCAAUGAGCUCCAGAGUUUGAGUUGGGGAAAAACAGAAAUGAAUAUGUAGAUUUUAUUGCACCUAGCUCUUUGAUAGAAAACAAACAAGCUCGGCACUUUCAAUUAUAAUUUACCUCACCAAAGAACUGUGAGCUAGUAAAUUGAGGAAAUAGUGUCAUUACUCUCUCUCUAACCAGGAUGUAAUUGACUUUUUGCCAGACAAGAUUGCAGCUUGGAGAAUGUGCCUUUUUUGUACAUUUACAUUCAGUUGUCAUAGGUUUUAUGAAAGUAUGGACACAAACAAGCAUUAAGGAUGAUUUGGGUCCAACAUACAGAUAUCGUCACUACAGAAGAAAAUUUAAUGUUAGAACAAUGAAUAAACCAGGAAAGAAGACCGUUUGAAACUAUGAAAUUACAAAAAUACAUGAAUAACAUUUUACAUUGUACAAAAUAUGUUACUGCUAAAGGUUUUAUUAUUUUGGAUUUUAGUAGAUUUGAACAGGCUUUCUGAUUAAGUUGUCUACCAGAAGCCUGUGUUUUGACCUGAUGGUCGGACAGACUGACCAGUUAUCUACCUCAGAGUUUCCUUUCUCCUCUGUAUUGGGCAGGGUUAGCAGGUCCAGCCCGCCCUUCCAGACCAAACGCCAUGCUCAGGAGCUGGCCAUAUUCACUUGUUUCCUUUCAGGUUUUUUUUAAUACUUUUUGAUUUUGUUCAACCAAAAAAAAUUACUUUUUUAUGACGUAUAAUCAUUAUGAGAACAUUGUGCGUUGAGCGUGUUUUAGUUGUGUUCAGACAUUCAGUUUCAUAGUUUCAAAAGUAGAACGGCUGCUUUCAUCACAAGAGAUUCCAGAGGCUAAUAAACUUGGUUGAAGCAAAAGCUAAAGCUGAAGGUUGUGGUAUUUCUUGGACUCCUGAGAACAUCAUCAUUGCUGCUUUGUCAGAGUCUAGACAGACUUUCAGCAGCAUUUCCUCUGCAGUCAGCUUGAGUUGAGUUACCAAAGUAAAGGGCCAUUGUAACUAUACUUGAGAUUCCUGUUGAAUGCCUGAGACUGAUUACUAAUACAGUCGAGUACUGAGGUUAUGCUGCUAGUAAUGUCUACAUCUGAUGCCUAGUUCUGGACGAGGCUAGUAAUGUCUGAAACAAGUGCCAUACUGCGCCUGGGUCAAGAGUUUAAAAGGUGUAUAAAGAAAUAAAUGCUUAAAUUAACCAUCAUGUAAAACAGUCAUUAAGUUAUAUUGAAAAGUAAUAAUUUAUGAAGAGAAAAGUUUUGUACAGACAGUUUGAAGAAAUACAAGAUUUUCAUAGAGAUAUCUAUAUGAGAGUACAUUUUUUAUUUUGUUUUACAUGUGCCACAAAUUUGCCAGUGGUUACUUGUAUGUCCAGUUUAGGGAAACCUUACUCUGUGUUUUUUGUUUUCGAGUGUUUGUUAAAGCCAAAAAUACUUUUUUCAGUAGAUUGUUACUUAAGCUUUAUUUCUGUUAAUUUCUUUGAUUUUUUUUUUAAUAAAAACUUACAUCAGA